GUCGGAAGUGGAGUCAUUUAGGCUUCAUGCGCCACUGAGACACUUUCAUAGGACUGAACGACGUUGUAUCCAGUUCUCUCUAUACAUAUACCUCCAUGCGGCGCAGUAGGCGGCGACAGGCCCUUUAAACACCAGAGAAGAAGAAGCGGCUGCUCUCUGUUAGCAGCCAACGUUAGUAGUUGUUGUCAGCUGUCCAGCAGCUGUCUGGAGGCUGCUGUCAAGACAACCCACACAGAAUACACCCAGUGUCCGGGACACACAGAGGGACAGGGAGACAGCGAGGGACAGGGAGACAGCGAGGGACAGUGAAGGACAGUGACAGACAGUGUAGGACAGUGAGACAGCAGCCUAGAGAGACUAGAAGAUGAGUGAAGCCGCUGUGGACUCGAGCACGCUCUGCCUCUUCGAUGUUGACGGCACGCUCACGGCCGCGAGACAGCGUGUGACUCCACACAUGGCAGAGUUCCUGGAGAAGCUGAGGACUCGGGUUCGGGUCGGGGUGGUCGGAGGGUCGGACCUCAUUAAGAUCAAAGAGCAGCUGGGAGAUGAUGUGAUCCAGAAAGUGGACUACGUGUUUGCGGAGAACGGUCUUGUGGCCUAUAAGGAUGGACAGUUACUCUGUAUCCAGUCCAUCCAGGCCCAUAUGGGAGAAGAGCUACUCCAAGAUUUCAUUAACUUCUGUCUCAACUACAUGGCCAAGAUCAAACUGCCUAAGAAGAGGGGGACAUUCAUUGAAUUCCGUAACGGCAUGUUGAACGUCUCCCCUAUUGGACGCAGCUGUACACAGGAGGAGAGGAUCGAGUUCUAUGAGCUAGAUAAGAAAGAGAAAAUCAGAGAGAAGUUUGUGUCCAUAUUGAAGGAAGAGUUCAAAGGAAAAGGAUUAUCCUUUUCAAUCGGAGGGCAGAUCAGCUUUGAUGUGUUUCCUGAAGGUUGGGAUAAGAGAUUCUGUCUGAGUUUUGUUGAGAAGGACAACUACUCAACCGUUCACUUCUUUGGAGACAAGACCAAACCUGGAGGAAACGACUAUGAGAUCUACUGCGACCCUCGGACCACCGGCCAUGAAGUCUCCUGUCCAGAAGAAACACAACAGCUGUGUCAGCAGCUUUUCUUCUCAUGAGAGAGAAGCAGCAACUGCUCCUGUACACCAAGACCGACUUCUAUCACAGCUCUUAUUUAUCUGUCGAGGUCUUUUCUCCAGGCUUCAUGACACUAAUAAUUGACUGAUCGUCUUGGUGUGUUUGGUAAUAUCAGGAAGGAGAGGGGAAGACUUACUGACUAAUGAGAGGAGGGAUUUCUGGGUAAUUUUGGUUGGGUUUGGAAUGACAGCUGUGAUGUAAUGGUUUCAAAUGAAUUGUAUAACUUGUUUUAAUGAGAUUCUGGCUCUUGUUAUCAACAUUACCUCAUGGUAAAUGUUGUCCAGAGACUAAUGCAGUGUCAUUUUUCAUCCACAUGUAAUUCUGACCAAUCAUGUUUUUAAUUGUGAAAACAAAACUCAACUGUUUAUGGUCUGAAAUUGUUUGGAUUUGUCAUUCCAUAUACUGCAGUCAGUACCACCUGACUCUGAAUGUGCUGUUGACUAAACCCGAACUGUGCCUCUGACGGGCUGCGUCAGUGAAACAAACACAGAGGACUCUUUGAUUUUCUGGUCACAUGUUAGUGUAACAAACAGACCUGAAUACUGUCAGUCAGAUGUUGUGGCCGGAGCUACGACGUCUUCCUCUUUGGAUCUGAUGUUGAAGUCUUAGCAGGUUUCUUUGUUCAGCCAUGUUUAGCAUCACUGCUCCAUUCUGUCCCAACAAACUGGAACCAUUAAACACUGCGACAGGUUAGAGAACAGCACAUAUAUAAAACAGUGUUAUGGCCAUCAGUAGACAGUAGAAAAUGUACACUUUCACAUGGAAAUAUCACCAGUUAGUGGAUCAGUGUGUUGUUAUGGCACCUCAUAGAUAUUUCUGUGAAUGCAUCUGAGAAGUAGUUGUGUGAUCUUGCCAGUACACAGUGACACUUGAAGGCCAAUGAAGUAUCAGCUUGUAUGAAGAUUCUGCUGUAAAAGAUGUGAAUUGUGGGAAAUAAAAACAGUGUAUAUAAAGUAUAAA